AUGGAAAAAAGGAAACUUCCCCUCAUGAAAGAACCAAGCAAACAAACGAGCAAGCAAGCAAGCACAAGGGUCUACGUUGAGAUUCGGGUUGUAACAUGGUUGAAAAAUCCUUUGAGAAAAAGAAAAUCAAAUGUAGCCUUGGAAAGUUUUGCGUUCAUUCAAAAGUUUAAAACAGACUUUUACCCUUCGAACAGUGAACUAUUGGAAAAGCUCAUAAAAAUAAAAGUUUCUAUUCUUCUUAUUAUAAACUCACAGCAUAUGGUCAGCCUUUUUGUUUAUCAUUGUUGUUUUAUUUACUUAUUUUCUCGUAAUCUCUGA